CGCACAAAGGCUCCUCCCUCCCCCUCCCCCUCCCUUUCGGACGCCGCGCCCUCCCUCCCUCGCUGCCCCUCCCCCGCCGCUUCCGGCCUCCUCUCCGAAGGCAUGCGCCCCCCCCACCGGCCCCCCCUCCCCCUCCGGAGCAGCCAGACCCCCCCUCCCCCCCAAAUGCGCAGUGACCCCCGCCCGGGAGGCAGCGUGUGGGUGCCGGUCCCCCCGCCCCCCCUCCGGUCCCCUUCCCGUCCCCGCGGGGGCGCGCUUGCCGUCCUUCCCGGCGCGGCGGUGACCGGCAUCUCCGUCGCUGGUCUCCCUGGCAACAGAGGCGGCGUUGCCAGGUCAGUCGAGCGGACGGCGGGAAGGCGGGUGACCAUAAGCCCCCCCGCGCCUGAACACGCGCCUCCGGGACACGCCUCGUGGAAGCCUCGAGUUGGGGGGUCCUGGUGGGCCACCCAGUCCAACCCCACUCAGCCAAGAAGCAGGAAGAUCGCCUUCAAAGCACCCCAACAGAUGGCCAUCCAGCCUCUGCUUCAAAGCCUCCGGAGAAGGAGCCUCCACCACACUCCCUCCGGGGCAGAGAGUUCCACUGCUGAACAGCAAUCUCUCUCACACACAGUCAGGAAGUUCUUCCUGAUGUUCAGGCUCAACGUGCCCAGCGCUUUCAGCCACUCCUCAUAGGGCUUGUUCUCCAGAGCCUUGACCCUUUGAGUCUCCCUCCUCUGGACACAUUCGAGCUGAGAGUCAACAUCUCCCUUCAGUUGCAGUGUCCAGAGUGGGACUCGGUGGGAUUCCAGGCGUGGUCUGACCAAGGCGGAAGAGAAGAGAGGGAGCCGGACUUCCAUCCCUGGAUCCAGGCACCAGGCUCCUCUUGAGGCAGGACAGGAUCCCGUUGGCUUUUUGAGCUGCCAAUCACAGCUGGAGGACAGGCCUGGCACCAAAGGGAAGAGGGGAGUCCGUGGGGUGACCACCACUGGAUCACAGUCGGGACUGAGGGGGAGGCGGCUUGGUCCCUCUUGCCCUUGGCCCUUUUGGCCACCCCACUCCGGCCCUCUUCCACCCAGUCCAUCUCCAGCUUCCACCCAGCUGGACACAGGGCUAUUAUUCCAGGCAAAGAGGCCAGAGCAAAGCAGAAGAAAGGGCACCUUGGCACUCCUUAGGAGACCCUAGAUUCCUAUGGAUGCACCCAGAAUGGCCUUGGCUCCUUUAGCUGCCGCAUCACACUCCUGGCUCACAUUCAGCAUGUGGCUAAACCGCUAGCUGCAGAACAAUUCUGCCAAUUGAUAGGCCGGGUGAGCACCUGCCAUUAGCCCCAGCUCCCUGUCCACCUAGCAGAUCGAAAGCAGUAAUGAGAGCAGAUAAAUACAUACCGCUUUUAGCAGGGGGGUAAUAAAAAGGCACCCUUAAGGACAUCAGUCAGGAGGACAUCUAAGGAAGACAAAGCUCCUCGGCAUGGAAAAUGGAGUGACAGCACACACACACACACACAUACCCAUGGCUGGAGUCAAGCACAGCCUCCAAGAUGCUGGAAAUAAGAUGGGAAACGCCUUUACCUCUGUUUGUGUAUUGUCUGUCCUUGUUAAUUGUAUAAUGGCAUUGAAUGCUUGCCGUAUGUGUGUUCUGUAGUUCGCCCUGAGUUCCCUCAGGGAGAUAGAGGGGAAUAUAAAUAAAGUAUAUUAUUAUUAUUA